AUGACUGCAGUUCGCUUGAAUGCGGCGGGGUCGGAUGAACCACAAUCAGCCUCUGUUGUGUUCCUGGAUCAGACUCUUGUUGUGUUUGACAUCGAACAGGCGAAGAACGCAACCCAGGUGAUUCAUAUUAGUCGCGUUCCAAAAACUGGACUUGUUUCUUUUCGAUUUCAGACAAAUGCUCCGACCAGGUAUAUCGUUAGCCCAAAUUGUGGAAUUAUAGAAAAUGAUAAACCAGUACCGAUUAGAAUUGAACUCGUUGGAAACCGAUACAAUCCUCAACAUAAGCUUGUAGUGCAUGCGAUCGCAAUACAAAACAAAAGUGAAUGGAAAUCGAUAUGGGAUGAUCCGAGAAUCGAUGAACCUGGGAGAUUUCAAACAAUAUGGAUUGAGCUAGGCACAACAAUUAUGAGCCUCGAACAUGCUUUCAACCUCACUGAUCCACAAAAUGCUAAAGUGACUAUGUCGGUGGCACAAUUGCUAAGUGCCAGCAAUUCUAGAGGAGCGGAUAGAGUGAAAGAAUUAGAAGAUUUGAAAGCUAUGCUACGCGCUGAUAAUGAGACCUUACAAAGAAAUAUUCAGCAAACUACAAAUCUAAAGGCAGUCAUUGAAAAACAGCUAAAAGAAAGAUCUGCAGAAGCUAAAGAAUUUCAUGCUAAAGAGGAAAAACUGACCGCCGAAGAGGAUCGUCUGUAUGCGGAUGUGAUGCGUGAUGAAAGCGAGUUAAAUAUCUUGAAGGAGCGACGAUCACAUCCUGAAAAUUGCAUAUUAAUGUGA